AUUAACAAUAUUUUGUUAAGUAUUUGUAUAAAAAUUAUGCGGAAAAUCGCAAUGACGUAUUAGAAAGAAAUGCGUGCCAGUAGGUUAUUUUUAAAUUCGACAGCUCGCUUUGUAGGAUCCUGAACAUUCAUUACGGCACUGAUCGCUGUAUUCACAUAAUUCAUUUCAUGAGUAAAUUUACUCAAAAUAAAAAGACACAAAUCUGUUAUUAAUUUAUGUUAUGUAUACUAAUUUGUCUUGCAUUAAGGAUAUAGAUAAUUUAGAAGUUAUCUUAUUAGUUUUGUUUGAUCGAUACUUAAUUAGUCAAUAAGUGUUAGAAAGUUUAACGUGACGAAAGUAUGAAAAAUGGAUCAAAACAAAGAUCAGGAAUCUUUAAAACAUAAAAUAAGAGAUGAUGACUCGAGCAAGCAAUCUAAAUUUAAACGAGUAGAAAAGAGUGAAGAGAUGAUCAUGCAGGACGCUCCUCUUCUGAGCAACGUGGAGCUCAAAUGGUGUCGAAAACCUCCUCUCGAUUAUCACAAGAAAAAAGAUGAAAUACCUUUCUUUAUACCGCACAAAAAGUUACUCGAAAGAAUCGAAUACAAACCGGAAACUCGAGAACCACUGACCGGGUUUACCGCUCAUCAAGAGAGAAUUACAAAAAAAGUAACCAAACCGCAUCAUUUGCCAACCACGUUCCCGGAGAAAAUGGAAAUAGGAGGCGACAUUGCACCGAAACUAACAAUAGUGAAGAGAAAGCUAAAGGAUCUUGAUGCACCCCCGCUAGUCGAUCAACUGGAAUUGAUUCAACGAUUGAGGGACGAUCCCAGCAUUGGAUUCUACUAUAUGGUUUAUGCAGUCGAGCAGUCUUCGAAAUAUUUUACUCCUUAUGCUUUGAAAGUUGUUCAUUACAAAGACGUAGGUGACACUUACAUGACUAUCAGUGUCAAUGGCGUAACUCAACACAGUCCAGAUGAAAUGAGUUUUACUCCUAUCGAACAAUGGGAAAGAGAAUAUAUAUUUUAUUUAAAAUUACUACAAAUAAGAACUUUCGUCGUGUUUCGAAAGUGGAAAGCUUUUUAUAUGUGGAAAAAGUGGAUUAAGUAUAAGAAAUUCGUGCGAGCGAAAAGUUUUUUAAGAGAAAACCUUUUCACAUCGGAUGCGAUUCUCAGUAAAGCUCUACUAGAAAUUAAAUCGAUGUGCUCCGUCUUCAUGGAUUCAAGUUUCUUCGACGAUACCGUUAUUGAAAAGUUUCUGCUGUUUUAUUUCGUAGAAAAACAAUUUACUAAACUGGAAGCACUCAGAGAGAAAUUAGACGAAUAUAGGAGCUUAGCAUUAGAUAUUAUUAAUAACGCUUGCCUCGGUUCUUUAUUGCAAGCUGGCUAUACACCUGAUGACUCCAACAUAACGAUAGAACAAACCGCAUACGGAAAGCUCGGCGAGUUCGGUGCUGUUAAAUUUAAAAUGCCAAAAGAUGGUAUUCUUAAAAUGAGUUACAUCGAGCAGGCACGGAAGAGGGAAAAAUGUUAUAGACUUUCUUGGUACGUCGUUAGCCCUUGUAAUACAUUUUAUUCUAUCUAUAAAAAUAUUUUGUAUUAUAGCUUCAUUCAUUUGAUCGAUUACAUGCAAGUAAACAUGAUGCACUCCCUUUUAUUACACACGUAUCAAGAAUUUGUGAAUGCUUUGAAGGUUCAUACGAAAUGUUUGCCGGAUUCUGAUUUAUUGAGCAACGAUGUAAUUGACAUUGUAUUAAAAGAAAAUCGCCUCUCAACAGAUCGUGUUCAGGUACCAUAUUUCGUGGUGGAUUUGCUAAUUUUACCCUCUUCAGAAAUUGUCAUGGAUCCGUCGGAGAGCAUUUUCCGUUUCGUAAUAGAAACCAUACAGAACAUGUGGGAGGAGAACUUGUACGCUAUCAAACCUCUGCUCUCCGAUCAGUUUUUCCAUUCCUUCACGAGGCCAAUGAUCAAUCAUAAGAUCGAGGAACGUAUUUGCGGGAAUCCUCCAGAAUGCCACACUGUUCUUAAAAUGGAUCCCUUCUUAAACUCGUUGAAAGUCGAGUUGGAUGAAAUUUGGGAGACGAGUUUCAAUGCUGUGAAACUAUACUGUCAACGAUUCAGGGAUAUCCAGCAGUUUUAUAUGGAGGAUACGACGUUCGAUGAAAACAUUAUUCGGGACAAUCGGGACUGCAAAUUAUUCCGGGAGUGGAGCAUUCGUUAUAAGAAGGAAGUGGAUCUUAUCAAGACAGUGAUCGAUGUUCAGCCACUGGGUAUCUUCCUCAUUCAACUGGAACGGUUCAAGAACGCCGUCGAAGUUGCCCCCAGAGGUAAAUUAGGAGUCAUCGAAGCUGUUAUGCCUGGACUAGGAAGAAGCCGAGUUGAAACUUUAUUAACGACAGCAAUCGACAAUGUCAAGUAUCUCGAAUCUCAUCCAGUGACAACAGAAGAAUACGUGGAGUACAUACAAUUCGUGGACAAAGCUCAGCAAGAAGUAGACGAGAUGGAAUCUCAAUUAGAUUACGUGAAGGAGCUAUACGACACGAUGGAAGAAUUUGACUUUCCUAUACCAUCUGUCGACAUGGCGAAUUAUUUGGGUAUUGGGACUCAUUUCACGAGUUUGCGGUUGGCCGUAGAGAAUAAAUUAGAGGAGAGACCAAAACUGAUCAACAAAUUCAACUCCCAGCUUCAUAAAGACAUCACUGCACUGAACGAAAAAAUAUCAGAGAUUCACGAGGAAAUAAUGCAACCUUGGCUUUUGGAUUAUGCGAGUAACGUGGAUGCUUGUUUGAGUACUUUGAAAGAACUGGACGACCGAUUGAAAGUGUGCGCGACUGCCGCUGAACAAUAUCGAACGUAUCAAAGAACAUUUAGGCUCGAACAGACGAGGUUCGACAGCUUAGAUCAAGUAAGGAACGAGUUGAACUUGCGAGUUUUGUUAUGGGAAAGUCUGACCUCUUGGGAGGAAGCUGUUUACGAGUGGUACACAGGCGACUUCGAUGCUUUGGACGUUGAACAAGUCACCUCGUUCACGAUGCAAACCAUGAAAAAUAUUAUUCAGCUGGAACGAGGCUUGCCACCGAACAAUAUUCUACCAAAUUUGAAGGAAAACGUCGAGUUGCUUAGGAACAAAUUACCGAUUCUGGGAUAUCUGAGAACUCCAGACUUAAGAGACAGACACUGGAAGAAGAUCCAAGCUAUAUUGAACUAUACCUUCAAACCGGAUGAGAAGAUAACCUGGACGUUGUUUGAAAACCUGGGUGCAUUCCUGAAACCCAAUGAACUAAUGGAAGUUGCCGCAGCUGCUAGUUCUGAAGCCAAUUUGGAGAAUAUGCUGAACAAAGUCGUUAACUUGUGGGAGACGCUGACCUUCAUUAUCGUACCUCAUAGAGAAGGGAAAGAUGUAUUCAUUAUAGGCUCUCUAGAAGAUGUUCAGACUGCGAUGGACGAGAGCAACAUUAAUCUUCAAACUAUUAUGGCAUCUCGUCAUGUUGGUCCCAUUCAACCCCUGGUUGAAAAAUGGGUCAAGAAGUUGGAUUUAUUCACAGUUACCUUAGAAGCGUGGCAAUACUUGCAGCAACAGUGGAUGUAUCUGGAGGCGAUAUUUUCUGCUCCAGAUAUUCAGCGACAGCUUCCGAUGGAAGCGAAACUGUUCAUCGACGUUGAUAGAUUCUGGAAGGACCUUAUGAGACGAACUUUUAAGGCCCCUUUGGCUAUGCCAGCCGGUACUCAGCCAGGCUUGUUAGAGUCGCUCGAAGCAAACAACCAAAUGUUAGACGAAGUGAUGAAGUGUUUGGAAGCUUAUCUUGAGACGAAACGCAUUGCAUUUCCUCGAUUUUUCUUCUUGUCCAAUGACGAAUUGUUGGAAAUCCUGGCACAGACGAAAAAUCCACAUGCAGUGCAGAGACAUUUGCAGAAGUGCUUCGAUGCGAUAUAUAGGUUGGAAUUUGGCACGAAAGAAGGCGAAAGCGACAAAGAACCAGAAACUGUCUUGACGACAGACAUCGUUGCGAUGCUCUCGCCCGAAGGAGAAAGAGUUCCUCUUGGAAAAGGUCUAAGGGCUAGGGGUAACGUCGAAAACUGGUUAGGUCGAGUCGAGGAAGCUAUGUUUUCGAGUUUGAGAAGCAGAAUGAAAGAAGGAAUUAAAGACUUCGCGGCGAAAGGACGCGGAUUAUUUAUAUAUAUGCAUCCUUCUCAGAUAGUCCUUACCGUUUCACAAAUAUAUUGGACUCGAAAUAUCCAUCUGAUCCUGGAAUCACCCGAAAACGUGCUCCAAAAGAUGAAAGCGUUCGAAGAGAAAUGUUUCUCCGACUUGAGCGAAUUAGCAACAAUGGUGAGAGGAGAAUUGCCACCCCUGAUCCGUGACGUUAUAAUUAAUUUAGUAACGAUAGAUGUACAUGCCAGAGAUAUCGUCACAACUUUGGUAGAAAAUAAAGUAUCGUCUAGUACGAGUUUUGAUUGGGUAAAAGCAUUACGAUAUUAUUGGGACGACGAAGUCGAUAACUGCCUAACGCGUAUGAGCAACGCCGAAUAUUUGUAUGGAUAUGAAUAUCUCGGUGCUCAAAAGAGACUCGUCAUAACUCCUCUCACGGAUAAAUGUUACUUGUGUCUUAUGGGAGCACUGCAACUAGAUUUAGGUGGUGCUCCUGCUGGUCCUGCUGGUACCGGGAAAACAGAAACGACAAAGGAUUUAGCGAAAGCAGUCGCUGUUCAGUGUGUAGUGUUUAACUGCUCCGAGGGACUUGAUUACAGAAUGAUGGGUAGAUUCUUUUCUGGACUUGCAACCUCUGGAGCCUGGUGUUGCUUCGAUGAAUUUAAUAGGAUAGAUAUAGAAGUACUUUCUGUAAUAGCUCAACAAUUAAUUACAAUUAGAAAUGCAAAGAUUGCUAGAGCUGCCAAAUUCAUGUUCGAAGGAAGAAUGAUAAAACUGGUGAUGUCCUGUGCAACUUUCAUCACCAUGAACCCAGGAUAUGCGGGGCGCACCGAAUUACCUGAUAAUCUGAAGGCUUUGUUCCGACCAUUCGCCAUGAUGGUUCCAGAUUACAAAUUGAUCGCUGAAGUCACUUUGUACUCGGAAGGAUUCGAAUCGUCGAAAACACUAUCGCAAAAGAUGACUCUCAUGUACACACUCAGCAGUGAACAGCUUUCGCAACAGGAUCAUUACGAUUUUGGAAUGAGAGCCGUGAAGAGCGUGCUGGUAAUGGCUGGCAGUCUUAAGAGAAAUAAUCCUGACAAGCCAGAAGACGUUGUUUUAAUCAGAGCUCUACGAGAAAGCAAUAUACCAAAGUUUUUACGCGACGAUGCUGAAUUGUUCGAGGGUAUCGUGGGUGAUCUCUUCCCAGGCAUUGUCAUCCCAGAAGAAGACUAUGGUAUCCUAAGAGAAACUGCUAUCAAGGAGCUGGAAGAAGCCAAUUUGCAGCCAGAGGAGUGCACCGUAAGAAAAGCUAUUCAGUUACACGAGUGCUUACAAGUAAGGCACGGUGUAAUGUUAGUUGGGCCAACUGGUUCAGGCAAGACUACGGUCCUUCGAACUCUUGCCAAUACGUAUAACAGGCUCCAUGAAAUGGGUGUGCCUGGAAAAUGUUAUCAGCACGUCCACAUGUACGUGAUCAAUCCCAAAGCAAUCACGAUUGGUGAAUUAUACGGAGAAGUAGAUAUAAUGACCAAUGAGUGGCACGAUGGUCUAAUCGGGUCCAAAGUUCGGCACGCUUGCUCCUUCACCACUGAGGAACAUCAAUGGAUCGUGUGCGACGGCCCUGUCGACGCUAUAUGGAUAGAGAACAUGAACACCGUCUUGGAUGACAAUAAAAUGUUGUGUUUGGCAAAUUCGGAAAGAAUCAAGUUUACUCCGUACAUGCGUAUGCUUUUCGAGGUGAUGGAUCUUGCACAGGCAUCUCCCGCCACUGUCAGUCGUUGUGGAAUGGUAUACGUGGAUCCCAUGGAGUUGAAGUGGAUGCCUUACGUAAAGUCAUGGGUGACGACUCUUCCUGAAGCCACAAUUAAACCAGAACAUCAAGCACAAAUUCUAGAUCUAUUCGACAAUUAUCUCGAUGCGGGUUUAAUAUUUUGCAGUAGAAAUUGCGACUAUCCUAUUGCACAGGUCGACAUCAGUAAAGCAACCAUGACCUGUUCGCUCAUAGAGUGUAUUCUGAAGGAACCAGAUGCGAUAGAGAAGACUACGGAUAAAUCACGGAUUAGAAUGUUCUUAACUCAAGUCUUUGUUAUUACUUAUCUCUGGGCAGUCGGUGGAAAUAUUGACGAUGCCUCGCGAGAUGCGUUCGAAGCUUUUGUGAAAAAACAAUUCGAUGAAAACGAGGAUGCUUAUUUGCCUUCGACAGAUUUAUGGGAUUUAUACGUGAACGUCCAGGCCCAUCGAUUGGACCUUUGGCAGGAUAUCAUGCCAGAGUUUGUUUAUGACAGCGAGGUACCGUUUUUCGAUAUUCUGGUUCCAACAGUGGAUACCGUAAGAUUUGGUUAUAUUAUGAAGAAACUAGUUGAAUCGAAUAAACCUGUAUUUUUUACUGGAGAUACUGGAGUUGGAAAAUCAGUAAUAACAAAGGUAGUUCUGACAGAUUUAGAACACAGUCAACUGUGGGUGCCAAUUACGUUAAUUUUCUCGGCUCAAACAAGCAGUGGUCGAACGCAAGAAAUUCUGGAACUGAAAUUGGAGAAAAGAAAGAGAACUGUUUUAGGCGCUCCCAUUGGAAAACGAGUUUGCGUGUUUGUUGAUGACGUCAAUAUGCCCAGACUGGAUACGUAUGGGUCUCAACCACCUAUAGAACUUUUGCGGCAAUUGUUAGACUUUCGAGGAAUGUACGACAGAGAAAAAUUAUUCUGGAAGGACAUCGAAGAUGUCGUCUUUACUGUGGCUUGCGCUCCUCCUGGAGGUGGUAGAAAUCCAUUAACACCAAGAUUCGUCAGGCAUUUUGCAAUGCUACUUAUUCCAGCACCCACCGAAACUUCUCUCAAAGGAAUUUUCAAGGCAAUUAUAAACGGUUUCCUGGAAGAUUUUGUAGAGGCUGUUAGGCAAAUUGGAGACAGAAUAGUGAACGCGACAGUGGACGUGUAUCGAAGAAUCGCAACAGAUCUUUUACCAACUCCAGAAAAGAGUCACUACAUUUUUAAUUUGCGUGACUUGUCAAAGUGCAUACAAGGUAUCAUGCAAGUCGAUCCGACAGUUGUUAGGCAACCGAUUGAAAUGUACAGACUCUUUUAUCACGAAUGUCUCCGAGUCUUCCAUGACCGACUAAUCAACGUAGAAGACAAAAGUUAUUUCUAUAAGCUUUUAAACAAUAUAUCCAUUGGUACGUUUGGUACGGAGGUGGUGCGACUUCCGGACGAAGCCAUCAUCGAGAAACCACCGUUACUGUUAUUUGGUGAUUUCAUGGCUUUCGGAGCAGCGAGAGAACAACGCAUUUACGAAGAGCUUACGGACAUUCCAUACGUUAAAAGCACUUUAGAGUCAUACUUGGAAGAUUAUUGCUUUUCCGUUGGCAAAGAAAUGCAAAUCAUUUUCUUCAUGGACGCCAUAGAGCACGUUUGUAGACUAGCGAGGAUUCUUAGAUCCGAACGAGGCAAUGGAUUGCUGGUCGGUGUCGGUGGAAUGGGAAAACAGAGUCUAACGAAAUUGGCGUCUCAUUUAAACGGCUACAAGUGUUAUUACAUCGAAGUAACUCGAACGUACGAUAAAGCUGCAUGGAACGAAGAUCUCCGACGCUUCUAUUUCGAGCCAGGCACACUCGCUAAACACACAACAUUUUUAUUCACCGAUACUCAAAUCGUGCUCGAAGAGUUCUUGGAGGAUAUCAAUAAUACUCUCAAUACCGGUGAAGUACCGAAUCUGUACGAAGCGGAUGAGCUUGAAAAAGUUAUCAUAGCUACGAGACCGGCAGCGAAAGAAGCAGGCAUCCCUGAAGCAAACAGAGACGCGAUUUAUCAGUUCUUUAUUGGAAGAGUCAGAAAUCAGCUCCACUUGAUGAUUUGCAUGAGUCCUAUAGGCGAUGCAUUUAGACAUCGUUGCCGUAUGUUUCCAUCGUUAGUAAACUGCUGCACCAUCGAUUGGUUCACAAAAUGGCCAAGAGAAGCCCUGCUGUCGGUAGCAGAAAAUUCUCUCCAAGUCAUCGUACCAGAUGACCAGACCAAGCUUAUGGCCUUAAGUAACAUUUGCGUGUUGAUUCAUGAGCAAGUGGAAGAGGUAACAGUUCGAUUCUUCCUGGAAAUGCGUCGAAGAUAUUACACUACGCCAAGCAGUUACUUAGAACUCUUGAAGCUAUUUCAGACCACGUUGAAAAAGAAGGAACGGGAAAUAAAAUUACUGAAAACUAAAAUCGCUAAUGGCUUAAAUAAACUUCACGAGACUAACGAAAUGGUGAGCGUAAUGAAGGAACAUUUAGUCGUGCUUGCCCCAAAACUUAAAACGAGCACGGACGAAGUAUCGAAAUUAGUGAAAAUCCUGGCGAAACAGCAAGCUGAAGUUGAUAAGGUGAAGCACGUGGUCACCGCUGAAGAAGCAAUAGCAAAAGUGAAAGCUGAAGAAACAGCACUUUUAGAAGCGGACGCUAGACAAGAUUUAGAGGCAGCGAUGCCAGCUUUGCUGGAAGCUCAGAAGGCACUGGAGGCUUUGAAUAAGAGUGAUAUCAGUGAGAUUCGCGUGUUCAAUCAACCGCCUCAUUUAGUCCGUUUGGUAAUGGAGGCGGUUAACUUAUUACUGGGUGAAAAGACCGACUGGCCAAGUGCCAAGUUAGUCCUAGGUGACAUACACUUCCUGGAUCGUUUGCUCACGUAUCCCACGGAUGAAAUAAGCGACAGGCUACUAAAUAACCUGCAAUACUACAUCAAUCAUCCAGAAUUUAAACCAGAUUUGGUAGCCAGACAGAGCAAAGCUUGCAAGUCGAUGUGCAUUUGGGUGAGAGCGAUAGACGGAUACGCCAAGAUUUAUAGAGUGGUCGAACCAAAGCGUCAGAGAUUACAAAAAGCUGAAGGAGAAUUGCGGGCGAUCGAGGCAGUGGUGGCUCAAAAACAGAAAGAACUAGCUGAAGUGGAGGACAAGAUUAAACAGCUACAAAUACAGUACGAUGCAGCCUUGGAUAAUUUGAACAAAUUGGAGUCCGAAAUGGAACUGGUAGAGGCAAGAUUAAACAGAUCAGGAAGACUUACGUCCGCGCUGGUGGACGAACGAAUUCGAUGGGAACAAGCGACACUUGGAUUUGACAAACAAAUGGUUAAUUUAACUGGUGAUAUACUGGUUGCUGCUGGAGCACUUGCCUACCUAGGUGCGUUCACGAACGAGUACAGAGAAGAAUUGUUACAAACAUGGUUGACCAACUGCAAAAACUACGAUAUAAAGACCACAGAAAAUUAUAAUCUUAUUACGAUAUUGGCUGAUCCUUACGAAAUUCGUCUCUGGAAUACUCACGGUUUGCCAAGAGACAAAGUCAGCACGGAGAACGCUAUUUUAGUGACGCAAGCUAGCCGCUGGCCUCUGAUGAUCGAUCCACAAGAACAAGCGAAUAGAUGGAUACGGAACAUGGAACAAGAUAACAAUUUGAAAAUAUGCAAACUGACGGACACGAAUUUCUCAAGAAUAUUGGAAACGUCUAUAAGACUUGGGAUGCCUGUACUGCUUCAAGAAGUGGGAGAAGUGUUGGAUCCGAAUCUGGAACCUAUCCUGCUCAAACAACUUUUUAUCCUAGGUGGCAGGACAUUGAUACGAUUUGGCGACACCGACGUCGAGUACGAUCAGAAUUUUAAACUGUAUAUCACGACGAAACUUGCAAAUCCUCAUUACUUACCAGAAAUUUGUAUCAAAGUGACAAUAGUGAAUUUCACCGUGACCAUGGGAGGUCUCGAAGAACAAUUACUAGCGGACGUCGUACGUCUCGAAAGACCGGACCUCGAGGAAAUGAGAAACGAUUUGAUAACGAAAAUCAAUGCGGAUAAAGGCCAAUUGUUGAGCAUUGAGGACAGAAUACUGACACUGUUGUACAGUUCAGGAGACGAUAUUUUGGAUAACGAAGAUCUCAUAGAAACUUUGAAUGACAGCAAGGAAACAUCCGCGAUCAUCGCAACAAGAUUGAUAGAAAGCGAGGCGACCGAGGAGAAAAUAUCUGUUGCGCGGGAAAAAUAUCGGUCGAUUGCGAAUCGAGGAUCAGUCCUGUACUUUGUAGUUGCAAAUCUUGCAGUCAUAGAUCCGAUGUACCAGUUCUCGUUAAAAUAUUUCAACCAGAUAUUCAAUAUAGUAAUCGACACGAGCGAGAAAGUAGAGGAUUUGCAAGAGCGUCUGCAAAUAUUACUGAACGAAAUAACAUUAGCUAUUUAUACGAAUGUUUCGCGUGGACUAUUCGAAAAACACAAAUUGGUGUUCAGUUUCAUGCUCUGCAUUGCGGUACACAUGAACGAAGAAAUCGUUUCGCCAGCACAGUGGAAUUUUAUGAUACGCGGGGCUGCACAUACCACCAAGGAAGGAAUUCCAGAUUAUCCAACGUUGACGGUUCAUAUGUGGUCUUGCGCUAAUUACCUGGCGGAAAACUUUGACGUCUUCAAAAAUAUUUUAAACGAUUUGUUCAGGAAAAUUGAAUUAAAUCUUGGAUAUUUUAAGGCGGAAAUCAAUGUGAUCCCUACAAAUACAAGCCGGGCUACACAUAACUGGGAUACAACAUUGAGCGAUAUCGAGAAGCUGAUGUUGUUGAAAGCAUUAAAAGAAGAGGAAUUGAUUUUUGCAAUCACGGCCUACGUGUCGAGAAAUCUUGGAAAGAAAUUCGUGGAAUCACCCAUGGCUUCGCUGCAACUUCUGUUCGCAGACACGUCGAACAAGAUACCACUGGUGUUUAUACUGACAACCGGAUCAGACCCUUUCAGUGGCUUUUUAAGAUUUGCAAACGAAAUGGGUUUCUCUACCAAGUACGAUUCAAUAUCUUUAGGACAAGGACAAGGACCUGUUGCAGAAGGACACCUACGAACCGGCACCAUCGAAGGUAGAUGGGUAUUUUUGCAAAACUGUCACCUGGCCACUUCGUGGAUGAUCAAAAUGGAGCAGCUGAUAUUGCAAAUCGCCGAAGAACCAGAGGGUGUGAUUCACGAGGACUUUCGACUGUUUCUAAGUUCUAUGCCAAGCAAAGCUUUUCCAGUGUCUGUUCUUCAGAACGCGGUCAAAGUUACAAACGAGCCGCCCAAAGGUCUGAAAGCGAAUAUCAAGAGAGCACUGCACGAUUUGGAAGACCAAUUUUUUGAAGAACAUCACUUGGGAAAAGACUGGCGCAAAAUUAUAUUUGGAAUUUGCUUCUUUCAUGCUAUUAUCCAGGAACGAAAGAAGUUUGGCCCGUUAGGGUGGAAUAUUCUUUAUGAAUUUAAUGACAGUGACAGGGAAUGCUGCUUAUUGAAUCUGAAAAUAUUUUGCUGCUACGAUCGUAUACCUUGGAAUGCCUUAAUCUAUACUACUGGGGAGAUCACAUAUGGAGGUAGAGUGACAGAUAACUGGGAUUUAAGAUGUAUGAAAACGAUCCUAGACAUAUUCUUUUCUCCAAAAACUUUGAGAAGCAAUUACGUUUAUUCGGAAUCUGGAAAAUAUUACUGCCCCAAUUAUGAUACUUUGCAAGAGUAUCAAGAUUUUGUAGAAACGUUUCCUAUUAUCGACGAUCCGGAAAUCUUCGGAAUGCACGAGAAUGCAAACACUAUUUAUCAGCUGAAAGAAGCACAAUUUAUUUUGAACACUAUUCUGGAAGUCCAGCCAAAAGAAUCCGGCAUUGAUCAAGAUGCAUCGAGUUCGGACAUAGCAUACGAAAUGGCGGAAAUGAUCAAAAACAGAAUUCAAUUAAAAAUAGAUCCUACGGAAUGUAAUCCAGAGCACUUGAAAAGAGAUUCGAUGGGAAGACAUCCAUCACUGACUACUGUUCUCGUUCACGAAGUAGAAAGGUACAAUAUAUUACUGAAGAAAAUACAUAUAUCGCUUGAAAAUUUACAACGUGCUAUCAAAGGUUUUGUUGUAAUGUCUGAAGAAUUAGAAGGAGUCUUUAUGGCUUUUGUUAACAAUCAGGUACCACAGAUGUGGCAUAAUGUAAACGUCUAUCCGUCUUUGAAGAAAUUGGGAAGUUGGAUAAGAAACUUAGAACUGAGGAUCGAUUUCAUUCAAAUCUGGUUAAUCGAUAUAAAGCCGAUUUCUUUUUGGAUUUCGGGCUUGUCUUUCCCACAAGGCUUUUUAACUGGUAUGAUGCAAACUUGUGCAAGAAAAUACAAUACUCCUAUUGAUCACUUGAAAUUGGAUUUUAUUGCCACUAAAGUGGUUCUUGAUCAAGAAGACAUUGAAGCACAGCACAGAGAAGCUCAUAAGGAGGUAAUAGAAGUAUAUCAAAAUUUACAAGUACCAGAAGAUGGAGUUCUGAUACAUGGACUAUUUAUUGAUGCUGGUAGAUGGGAUUUUGAAUCUAUGUUUUUAGUAGAUGCAAAUAUAGGUGAAAUGCAUCCAUCACUUCCAGUUAUACACAUAAAUCCAGUAUUAGAACUACCAAAAGAUGAUCCAAGAUAUGUUUCACCGCUAUAUAAAACAGCUGUAAGAGCAGGUGUAUUAUCUACAACAGGGCACAGUACAAAUUUUGUUAUUGCAGUUUUACUUCCAUCUGCCAAAAAGCAGGCAUAUUGGAUUUUGAAAGGGACAGCUCUUCUGAUAGAAAUCAUAGACUAAUGUUAAUGUUAAUGUUAUGUAACAAAGUAGUUAUAAUAAUUAAAAGUUGUAUAGAUUUUAUAAUGCUAUUUGUAUAAAUAC